AUGUCGUUUAUUAAUAUUUGUCGUGACAACACGGAUCCCUUUUACCGUUAUAAGAUGCCUCCGAUCCAAUCCAAAGUGGAAGGUAGAGGUAACGGUAUUAAGACGGUGAUUGUUAACUUGAGUGAAGUUUCCAGAGCUUUGGGACGUCCUCCAGCAUAUGUUAUCAAGUAUUUUGGUUCUGAAUUGGGUGCUUUGACAGCUAUUCAAGAAGACCAAGACCGUUAUUUGGUCAAUGGUACUCAUGAUGCCAACGAAUUGCAAGAUUCUUUAGAUGGGUUCAUUAAUAAGUUUGUUCUUUGUGGUAACUGUAAGAAUCCCGAAACUCAAAUUGAAAUCAAGGGUAGAGACCAUUUACAAAGAGAUUGUAAGGCAUGUGGUCAUAUCACUGACAUUGAUCCUAGACAUAAGUUGUGUUCAUACAUUUUGAAGAACCCACCAGCUGGUGCUAAGGAUAAAAAGGGUAAGAAGUCUGCCACUGCUACUGCCAAUGUUGUUGGAGGUGGUAAAUCCAUUUCUGAUAUUGCCCAAGGCCAAGACGGUGAUUUAGGCGGUGACGAAGGUGAAGAAAAUGACGAUGAUGAUGCUUUGACCAAGAAGAUCAAUGCUGAAGCUGCAGCUUUGGCCCAAGUUGAAAUCAAGGAUGACGAAUGGGCUGUUGAUAUGUCUCAAGAGGCCAUUGAAGCCAGAGCCAGAGCUCUGAACACCGGUGCUUUAGGAGCAGACUCCACUUUAUCGAAGUUCAAUGAAUUAGGUGACUGGUUAUUGGAAGAAUGUAAGGAAGGUAAAGAAGAUUUACCAAGUGAUGUUGAAAUCUAUAAGAAGAUUGUUGAUUUGGACAUUGUUCAAAAGCCUGAGACCGUCCAAGUGUUAUCCCAAUGCUUAUUUGAUGAAAACAUUGUUGAACAACUUGAUGAGCAUCAAGGUUUAUUGGCCAAAUUGAUUGUUGGAGAUGAAGAUUAUGAAAAGGCAUUUUUGGGAGGUUUGGAAAGAUUCUUUGGUAUAGAAAAGCCUGAUUUGAUUCCAUUGGUUCCUAAAGUGUUGGUUAAAGUUUAUAACAAUGAUUUGAUUAGUGAAGAAGUCAUUGUCAAUUGGGGAUCUAAGGUAUCCAAGAAAUAUGUUCCUAAAGAUAUUUCAAAGAAGGUUAGAAAGGCUGCUAAGCCAUUUAUUGAAUGGUUAAAGAAUGCUGAGGAAGAGAGUGAUGACGAGUAA